AUGCACUCUCCGGUAGAGGACGACUAUCGCCUCAGGCAGGCGGCCAAAGCGCCCCUACCAACCUCUCACGGCCGAAACAAGUCAACAUCAUCCAUUCUGUCAACCUCCAAAGCAUCUCUUCCUCUUCUUUUGGACAGUUUGGGCAAUCCAAUUACCUUUGACAACACCAUCACCGACACAGAUUGCAUGGUGGUUACUGAAAUCGGCAAUGACGAAGAAUACGACCAAAUCCAGUCCAACUUCGGGCCUGUGCGUCGAUUCUUGACCCGGUUCGUGUUUUUGACUGCCAUCAUCCCUUGCAUUCUGCUUUUAUGGGCUUCCAAAAUCCAGGGAGAGAUCCUGUUGGCUCUUGGACAGGACGGAAGCUUGGGUGGAGUCAAGCUCUAUCUCGCAUGGUUUGCUUUUGCCAUUGAGGGUCUCUGGUCAGCCGACGCAAUCGCUGCCUCUUUGGUCAAAGCAGCAUCCUUGUUUGCUCGGUAUCGGCCCAGACUUCGGUUACUGGGUGAUAAUGUGCCGUGCGUGGACAUCAUCAUCCCAGUCUGCAACGAGAAGCUCGACAUCAUCCAAGAUACCGUUCGCGCUACACUCAACAUCGACUACCCUGCUCAUCGGUUCAGAGUCAUCGUGUCUGAUGAUGGCCGGAACCAAAAGCUGGAGGCUUGGGUUUUGCAGCUGGCCGCCGACACGCCCAACUUGUAUUACACCGCGCGUGUCAAGUAUGGGCCGGCAGGGUACAAAGCUGGCAACCUCAAUCAUGCAAUUACUGUGUCUGACACCCUUCCUGGUGGGCGGGCUGAGCUUGUAGCUGGGUUGGAUGCUGAUAUGAUUCCUGAAAAGAGGUGGCUGAGGGCGUGUGUUGCACAUCUGAUCAGGGAUCCCAAGAUGGGAGUUGUUUGUCCUGCCCAAUUGUUCUACAAUGUGCCGGACAAUGACCCACUGAAUCAGCAGAGUUCUAUCAACUGGCUUUGUAUGGACAUCAUCAGGGACCAUGCCGGACUCGGCUGGAAUCUCGGAUCUGGCUGGGUCGUCCGAAGAGAGGCGGUGGACGAUAUCGGUGGGUUUCCUACAGACUGCCUUGUCGAGGAUAUCUACAGCUCCAUGCUGCAGAUGGCAGAGGGGUGGCGCUCUGCCUAUCUGGCCGAGUCGCUUCAGUAUGGUCUGGUUCCCGAAACAUAUGCUGCUCAUGUGAAGCAAUUUGCUCGAUGGUACAUCGGUGGAGCUCAGAUGUUUGUCAACUUCAAGGGAUAUCUCUCCAGCAAACUGACCAAGCAGAUGACCCUUGCUGCCAAGUUGGUUGGCUUCUCCAGCGGUAUCAACGUCCACGCCAAGGCUCAGCUAGCCACGGUAUUCAUGUUGUUGACGCCCUUUGUGUUCUUGACUGGUACGCACCUGAUGUAUUGGCGAGACGAGGCGGAAAUGAAGCUAUUGCUUCGACUUUACUGUGCCAUUGUCCUGACUCGCUAUCUUCAUGACUGCCACAUCGGUGUGAUGGCUGGGUACCGGGUUGCAGUCAUGGAGACGGGUAUGAUGAGAUACAUGUCUCAUUAUUACACUGUUGCGUGGUUCAAGACGUUUUUCCUGGCCUCCAAGAGCGGAACCCUGCACGCCGUGCUCCUUUCCGCGAGCGGCUGCGCCAUAUCCUUUUCGACUGUGGUGCCUGGGUUCAACUGA